AUGGGCGCUCAACCACCAGUACAUUGCUCAGCUGGCCAGCAGAAUAGAGCCAUGAAGAUCCUUCUGCUGCCAGAACUAAUAACGGUGAAAGCAGCCGUCUUCUUCUUCACAGCUGUGAUAUCUCAUAGUCGCGACCAUAACCUGCUAUUAGCAUGUGUGCAACAGUAUGGCGAAAAACUAGUGGAGACUCUUCUCGCUUGUAUAGGCGGUGCAGCAUCUAGAGUAAACAUCGAGCCACUGUCUGACAUUCUUUUGGAACUGAACAAAAAGCACUCAGACAACAUGUCAAGAUGGCUCACUGCGCACCUUUCUCGCGCAGAUUUCCCCUCCCAUCGACCCUCGCUGCAGGUCAAAGCUCACUUCGCCAAAACUGUAGUCAAACAUAAAAACCGUCACAAGUUGCAGGAGACCGUCAGAGACUUCUCGCUAGUGUGUAGGGGACUUGUGAACACAGAAUAUGCGGCGUCGCAUAGUGAAACAACCGAGUAAUCAAUCAAUCAUCAUGCCAAACAACAAUCUAAGCUGUGACAAUUUCUAUUUCGUGUGAA